CUGGCGUCGUCACCAGGCGAGGCUCCCAUUUGCCCUCCCGUCCUCCUCCUCCUUCAACUCGCACUUGUAUAGAUUCCACCUGGCCGACAGCGUCGUUCUCCCCAGCGCCGGCAACACUGGCAACCCAUCGCUUUGCUCGAUUGAAGAGAGCGUCGCAUUCGCACGCGCUUUGCUCCUCGCCGAGUCCUGUCCCGUCGCGCGCCGCGCCGCUCUUGGACGGAUACCCUCCCCUCUUGGACGCGACGUCCUCGCACCACGCCCGACUGACAGGCGCCGACUGCGCUGAAGCGCGCUCCCGGGUCCUCUCGCAACGCCCCUUUCUUGAUUUAGCCUCUGCUCCGCCGCUGGCAUGAUUCCCGACUGGAGCGGUGGGGUCGCUCCGUCAGUGUCGACGCUGGUGAAUGCUGACGACGGUCGCAACGGUGAGACACGCGACGCGAAGGACGGUAGACCGAGACUCCGCGAUUGGAGCGCUCCCCUCCCACCCGCGACGGCAACGAGAUCUUCCCGCGGCGCCGUGUCGACGUCGGAAGACGUCAUGGACCUCGACAGGACGCGGCCGCCGGGUGAGCAGGCACACCCGCCGCCGUCGAGCCAGAUCAUCCCGGACAGUGGCGGCAGCUCGUCGCAGAGCCUCACGCGAUCCAUCUCCAACUCCCAAGAGUCGACUGUGACAGCCUCGACGGACCGGGUCGCCACGCCGCCCGCCAGCGAUACCAGCGGCGAGCGGUACGCGGCCGUCGAGCGGCACCACGACAAGCCGUCGAACGGAUCGGACCACGGUGUGGACCACAGCAGCCAGCUGCAUCACCUGUCAGCCAUUGCCGCUGCCCAAGACAGGAUGGAGCCCGACGCGGUCGGUGCUGGAUCGCGUAAGCGCAUGGCGGACGGCGAGGUCAAGUCUUGGGCGGGCAGCAUGAGCCCCGUCAAGGGACAUUCGCGGACGACAAGCGCCGUCAGCGUGGCCUCGACCGCGGGGAGCACCAUUGGCGAGCUAUCUGCCGAGUUGCGUACUCGCCUGUCGUACGCAAUGAUCAAGGUAAACCACGGCUGGCAAGGCCGGUCGCUGGACGAGGUCGAGUCUCUGGCAUCCCAGGCUGCCUCUCCGGCAUCUAGCACCUCCACCGUACAUCGCCGGCACGGGUCCUCGGCCAGCCCGCGACUCAACGUCAACUCGACGCCCCAGGUUCACUUCUCCAGCGACCCCGUCAUGAUCCGGCGCAAGUCCAUCUCGCCGCCGUCAUUACUCUCGGGCAAGCCAAUGCUAGCUCCCCCGGCCACCAUCCAGCCGUCCAUGUCUAUGCCCGCUCCUCGAUCCAAUCCUCGGCGCAACUCGAACCCCCACUACACGCCUGCCGGACUCGUCCAGUCACACUCCGGCUCCCCCCCAACGCCCCAGGGCACGAGCAAUCCGAUAUCUCGCCUAGAUCAAGACGUGGCCGAAACGCUGCUCUUCAUGAGCAGUCCAGGCAACUCGGCAAACCUGAAGCACGCCUUCUCCCCGUCUGGGUCUCCUGGGGCGCAACCCCAGCCUCCCGCGCCACGGAGCUCGGGUCGCCAUGCACUGCCGAGUGGGCCACGGAGAGCUCUGCCCUCGCAGCGGCCCUCGCUGCCGCCGCCGGCGCCGCCAACAAAGAAGGCUGGCUACGAUCGGGCCAGCAUGCCCCCGCCUCCGGACUCGCCCCUGGACUUGGACUCGCCGCGGCAAUACCAGUCCCCGAAUCGGUCCACGCCGAAGCGGCGAACAAACGGCGCCGGGGGUCACGUACGUUCAGCUCUCUCGCUACCAAGCGGCAUAGCUCUUGGCAACGGCACGGCGAGGAAGACUCUCUGCGACGAAGACAUUGAGCGAAUGCUGGACCGUGCGGGAGCCGAGGUGGCAGACAGCUCCGACGACGAGGAGAUUCAGCUGCCCCCACGCAGGGGUGUCGCGGGCGUCAUGCGAGCGUAGGCCGACGCUGCACGUUUCCUCUGCAUUUACCACCUUUAUUUGGACCGUUUGCGCGACCGAAGUGGUGGUUUUUCCUAUAGGCACAACCUCUAUGUCACCUAACGACGUUUUAUGACACUAUUGCAUGGGCUCAUUCAUCCUUUCGGACAGAUUUACUCGGUUUGUUAUUAUUCGCUUUACGGGGACGGGCCGAACGGGACGCUCGCCUUCCCGGUGUUGAAACUUACCCGUCUGCAUCAUUGCUUUGAUGUACAUUUUCGGGCCGCAUUUUUAAUCGGAGCUGGGGCUGCUUGUCGUUGUGUCACGCAUGAUUUUUCUUUUCCCUUCCCGUUCGUUUCUUUUGAUCUUUAUCCAUAUGCUCGUUUCACUAAUGACGUGGCGGCGUCUGCAUGGACCGAGAAGGGGCUAUUUGGGACAUCGUCGUUGUCGUCGUCGUCGUCGCGGGCCAGGAGCGUUGACCAUCUGUAAGGGAGUGAGAUUUUUGGUAGUUUUUUCUUGCACGUAGUAUACCCAUCGAGAGGGGGGGGCAACUGGGUUUCACGUUUGGAGCGAGGAGAGGAGGGUCGGUCAUGGGUCGGUGCGGUGUGUCUGCUGUUUUGCCACGAGCCCAAGGCACACGACGAGAGUUGCUGGAGAGUAAUCUCUUGUCUUUGCUUUGCAAAGUUGGCUCCAAGGACCGUCUGGACACUGUUGUCAUGGUGUGUGGGCUUUGAUAGCAGAAUUGACCGGACCCCCGUAUUGAGCCAAGAAUUUUACAAGGCGUUGACUGACUGACA